GAAGGGCGUCGUGAGGUGAGGCGACGCGCGUGUGCUUCAGAAGCGCUCGGCAGGGCUUUGGCCGCGUCGGAAAGACAGCAGUAUCAUGCAUCCCACAAAAACGCCGCUCCCAGGCCGUGCUUCUAGCCAUGGUUCUUCUCGUGACCAUGCGCCUGGGGAGCCUGUAUAUUCCAGAGGACGGGCCUUCUUCUCAAGGGUCAGGGUGCAAGGGGAAUCGGAGAUGGUGCAACCAGUCCCAGGACGUGAGCGGCAGGAGUCUUCUGUGGCUGCUACAACUCUAUCCUCCAUGUUCCAGGAACUUGGUUUUGAGAUUCCUCCUACACCUGUUUUUGGUCGAGGAUUUUUAGGCCGAGGCAUAGCAAGUGUGGACACCAAAGUGGUUGCAAAAGCACAGGAUGCACAGACACAGUUGAGAGCUGGUCCAGCUGGAGACAGCAAAGUGGAGGUGGCAGUUUGGGGCCGUGGCAUAAUUCCUUGUGAUGGAGGAGGUGACAUGGCGUCAGUGGGAUAUAGGAAGGCAUCUGUGGGACCUGGCAGAACCUGUGUGAUUCCUCCUGCUCCUAGCACAGGAGUUCUGCAGCCAGCAGUAUUGGAACAGCCCAGUCCAGAGGCUCCUACAGCCGUUUUCGAUGAACACACAGAGAAAAGAGAACCGUUAAUGAAACAAGGCACAAAAGGAAUAACGGCUCCAUUGGCACUGAACGUAGUUAAAAUCCACUGUCAGAAUGAUGCUGUGUAUCAAUAUCACGUGACAUUCAGGCCUGAGGUGGAAUGCAAGACUAUGCGGCUUGGAAUGUUGAAGGAACAUAAGUCUGUGACAGGAGACGUUACUGCAUUUGAUGGUUAUAUUCUCUAUUUACCUCUCAGAUUGCCUCCAAAUGAAGGCCUGAAGUGUCAAAGGAGAACUGAUGGGUCAGAAGUAACGAUAAAUAUUCAAAUGACCAAAAUCCUGGAGCCGAGCUCAGACUUGUGCAUCCCAUUCUACAAUGUUGUUUUCAGAAGAGUUAUGAGAAUUUUAGAUAUGAAGCUGAUUGGGAGGAAUUUCUUUGACCCGACAAGCACCUCUGUAUUACAGCAGUAUAGGUUGCAAAUAUGGCCUGGCUAUGCAGCUAGUAUCCGGAGGACAGACGGGGGACUGUUUCUUUUGGCAGAUGUUGUUCACAAGGUGGUUAGGAAUGAUUCCGUUCUGGAUUUCAUGCAUUCAGUUUACCAGCAGAGUCAAGGCAAGUUCCAAGAUGAGUGUACAAAGCAGCUGAUUGGCGACAUUGUAUUAACCCGCUACAACAACAAGACUUACCGUAUUGACGAUAUUGACUGGAACAAGACACCAAAGGACAGCUUUACCAUGUCGGAUGGAAAAGAGACCACUUUCAUAGACUAUUACAGUAAAAACUAUGGGAUCACAAUCAAGGACCUUGACCAGCCACUGCUCAUUCACAGACCCAAAGAAAGAAAGAAUCCCCCGGGGAAGUUGCAAAGGGGUGAAAUCCUCCUGGUGCCAGAACUCUCGUUCCUGACUGGAAUCCCUGAGAGGAUGAAGAAAGAUUUCAGAAUCAUGAAGGAGCUUUCUCAUCAAAUCAACCUGAGUCCUAAACAACACCAUAUGUCUUUGAGGCAGCUUCUGGACAGAAUUAAGAAGAACAAGGACGCUCACAAUGAGUUGUCACGGUGGGGACUUCACUUGGACAAUGACAUUUGUAAGGCAAAUGGCCGUAUUCUCCCCAUGGAAAGAAUCAACCUAAAGAAGACCACUUUCAAUACUUCGGUGGACCUAAACUGGUGCAAAGAGGUCACAAGGGAAGCCUGCAUCUCUGCAGUUCCACUCCGUUACUGGGCGCUGUUUUAUCCAAAGCGGACGAGGGAGCAAGCUUCUGAACUGGUGACAACGCUGCAGAAGAUCUCAGGCCCUCUUGACAUGGUGUUAAACCCACCUGUUUGGUCAGAACUCAAGGAUGACAGGAUGGAGACCUAUGUCAGGGCCAUCAAAUCAUUACUCACUAGUGAGAGCACCAUUCAGCUGGUAGUCUGCAUUAUCACUGGGACCAGAGAUGACUUAUAUGGAGCUAUUAAAAAGCUGUGCUGUGUACAGACUCCAGUCCCUUCUCAGGUUAUUAAUGCACGAACCAUUACCACUCAACCCCACAAACUAAGAAGCAUCGCACAAAAAAUUCUGCUGCAGAUUAACUGCAAGUUAGGCGGAGAACUCUGGAGCGUUGAUAUUCCUCUGAAACAGUUGAUGAUGAUUGGGAUGGAUGUGUAUCAUGACCCUGGCAGAGGAAGGCAGUCAGUUGUUGGUUUCGUUUCAAGCACCAACCACACUUUUACCCAAUGGUACUCCAAGGUUGUAUUCCAGAUGCCUCAUCAAGAAAUUAUUGAUAGCCUGAAAGUCUGCCUGGUGGGUGCCUUGCAGAAGUUCUACGAGGUCAACCACUUCCUCCCUGAGAAGAUCGUGUUUUACAGAGACGGAGUGUCGGAUAGCCAAAUAAAAAUGGUAGAGAGCUAUGAGGUCCCACAGCUGCAGAAGUGCUUUGAAGCUUUUCACAAUUACAGUCCUAAAAUGGUCGUGUUUGUAGUCCAGAAGAAAAUCAGCGUCAACAUCUAUUCGGCAGCCACGGAUAACUUCACAACGCCUUGUCCUGGCACCGUGAUAGACCAUACGGUCACCAGCCGGGACUGGGUGGAUUUUUACUUGAUGGCUCAUGCACCACGACAAGGCUGUGGCAUCCCUACUCGCUACAUCUGCGUACUAAAUACGGCUAACCUUAGUCCCGAUCACUUGCAGAGGUUGACUUUCAAGCUUUGCCACGUGUACUGGAACUGGCCAGGGACUAUCCGAGUGCCAGCCCCUUGCAAAUACGCUCACAAGCUGGCCUUUCUCUCAGGACAAGUUCUACAUCACGAACCAGCCAUCGAGCUCUGCGAAAAGCUCUUCUUCUUAUAGUUUUGGCAGCUGACACAACUUUGAGGCAGCGGUGAAUGCAGAGGUAACUCUUUGGUGGAGAACACAAGCCAGCCUCAAAUCAAUACCACAAACAUGAACAGCCAAGCUAUUUCACUACUGAACAUUCUUUGGUAAAUAGCAAGCUUAGCAGUGAAUUACUGGCAUUUUUUUUUUUGAUUUUUGUGAAAUAUGAAAAUUUCAGAGAGCAAUACUUUGGACUAUUGUGUGUGUUUCUCUCUCUCCCUCCCUCUUUCCAAAUUCAGAAUUAUACCAUAGCAGAAUUUUCAAUUUGAAUUGAUGAUUAGAAACUCUCUGUCUAUAAUCCCAUCAAUAUUUUAUUUAAUUGAGAUUACAGAGGAAUCCCCAAACCCGUUCUUGUAGGACUGAGCCACACCAAAUGCGGAGCUAGUUUCCAGAAGGUACCAAAUCCAUCUGAACACAUUUUACAGGGACUGAAAAGAAAAGUGCUGAGGAUAUGCAUUCUUUUGCUGUGAAACGCAGUUUUCCAAACCCUGUACAUAAGU